UCCGGGUCGCCGAGGCCGCCGGUGGCGGCGCACACAGCCGUGUCUGCUGGGGUCCAGUCUAUGGAGUCAGUUGGCGCGGCCGGCGGCUCGGAGGCAGGAGGUGGUGUCCGAGUGGGGGCCUCUGCCCCGCCAGGAUGUUUCCGGGCUUGGCCGCCGCCGUCGCGGCGCACAGGUGCAGCUGGGCGACGCUGUGCAGGCUCGGUGGCGGCCGGGCAGUGGCCCGCGGCCGCAGCCAGGGAUGGAAGAAUUUAAUGACAUUUGGAAGCUUUACGUACAUGGUUCCCAACAGUCACCCACAUGCUUGUACUCUGAGUAGAGUCAAGUUGUACUCUACAGAAGUCCACAAAGGAGGGCAGGGAUCACAAGCUCCAAGAGCAGGAAAACCCCCAGCAUCUAAGGAAACAGCAGAAAAUAUAGGCGCAGAACUCAAAGCUCCACUUAAACAAGAUCCUCUCCAAGUAAGAGUCAAAGCAGUCCUUAAGAAAAGGGAGUAUGGACCAAAAUACACUAAGAAUAAUUUCAUCACUGGAGUGAGAGCAAUAAAUGAGUUCUGUCUUAAGUCCAGUGAUUUAGAACAACUUCGAAAAAUCAGACGACGAAGUCCCCACGAUGAUACUGAGUCCUUUACCGUGUUCUUGAGGUCAGAUGUGGAAGCAAAAGCUUUGGAAGUUUGGGGAAGCCUUGAAGCGCUUGCUAGGGAGAAAAAAUUGCGUAAAGAAGCAGAAAUAGAAUACAGAGAAAGACUAUUUAGAAACCAAAGAAUAUUAAGAGAAUAUGGUGAUUUCUUGGGAAACACAAAGCCGCGCUCCAGGACCCUGUCGCUGUUCCUUAAGGGGCCAGGAAAAGUGGUGAUGGUUGCUAUCUGCAUGAGGAAGUUGAGCUAUGUCGUGGCCAAUGUAGUGAUAUGGAAGUGUAUUGACGGUUUGCUAGCACUGGGCAUCAGCAAGUCCAUUCAAACACCAGACCCUUCUCACCCGUAUGGCUUUUCAAAUAUGCGCUAUAUCUCUUCAUUGAUUAGUGGUGUUGGUAUUUUCAUGAUGGGCGCAGGACUCUCUUGGUACCAUGGAGUCAUGGGAUUGCUUCAUCCUCAACCAAUGGAAUCCCUUCUAUGGGCGUAUUGUAUUUUAGCAGGAUCUUUGGUAUCUGAAGGAGCAACACUUCUUGUUGCCAUAAACGAACUUCGCAGGAGUGCUCAGGCCAAAGGAAAAUCAUUUUAUAAGUAUGUCAUGGAAAGUCGUGAUCCCAGUACAAAUGUUAUACUAUUGGAGGACACUGCAGCUGUCUUAGGAGUGAUAAUAGCGGCCACCUGCAUGGGCCUCACUUCUGUAACAGGCAAUCCACUGUAUGACAGCCUAGGUUCCUUGGGUGUGGGCACCUUACUAGGUGUGGUCUCAUUAUUCCUGAUCUACACUAACACAGAAGCACUCCUAGGAAGAUCUAUACAACCAGAGCAAGUGCAGCGACUUACUGAACUCCUGGAGAACGACCCCUCAGUAAGGGCAAUCCAUGAUGUUAAAGCCACGGAUCUGGGCUUAGGAAAAGUCAGAUUUAAGGCAGAAGUCGAUUUUGAUGGACGAGUUGUUACACGAUCAUACUUGGAAAAGCAGGAUUUUGACCGCAUGAUGCAAGAAAUUCAAGAAGUAAAAACUCCUGAACAAUUAGAGGCCUUUAUGCUUAAACACGGAGAAAACAUUAUUGACACUCUAGGAGCUGAAGUGGACAGGCUCGAGAAGGAGCUGAAAAAACGAAAUCCUGAAGUUCGGCAUGUAGAUCUAGAGAUCCUAUAGGUCCGAUGAAUGAGUCACUUGGGACAUAGCGACAUCUUCCUCCCACUGAAGGGGAAUCGGUGCCGUCCAGAAGCUGUGCUUCUUAAGAUGGAUGGGAUAUUUCAUGUGCUGAUCAAUCGAAGAGGCCGCAGAACUAAAACUCCUUUCUUCUAAUCAUGUCUUCAUGCUUCUGUAGGGACCUUGGCUGCUUAGAUCACCCACAGUUCUCAUUUUAGCCAGUCUGUAUCGACCGUGAAUCAUGUUUCCUUUCUUAACAUGGUAAAGUAAGUGUUCCCCAUGGACUUGUAACUUCGGGUACCUCUGAAGAUUUUAGUCCAUCGAAGUCUUCUAAUCUUGAAUACUCUGGCUAAACCGUGUUGUGUGGUUUUCAAACAGUCACCGUGUUUUGAGGUCUGUCUUUCCUGCCCAGUUGGGAAAGUAUUUCUGUAUACUUUGUGGUUUCAACCUGAACACUGAGAGGCGCACCCUCCUAACUUCGUUAUCCACAGAUGUUCAUUCCAGAAAUGGCGCAGUCCUGAAUGGAGGGAGACGUUUCAGCAUCUUCUGGAUCAUAGUAGUUGCCACUUUGUAAACUUUCUUCUUUCUCCUUUAUUUUUUUCCUUAUUUGGCUUAAUUUUUGUAAUGUUAAAGACACAAUCCUAGACGUAUGACUCCUUUUUUAACUGGCUUCAGUGCCAGAGUGUUUAUUUACUGGGAAUGAUGCAUUUGUAAAUGUCCUAACUUUCUGUAAAGUAAACUAGAAGUAUUUAUAAUUUUACAGACAGGAUAGCAUUUUGUUUUUAAUUUAUUUAAAAGAAGGCACUACUUAUGUAAAUCUGAACUGUGGGAUACUUUUUGCUUUGAGGGAGAAGUAAAUCUCUUACACUGAAA